AUGCAAUACCCGGGUAGGCGCAAAUCAGUAUCUAACACGACGGACGUCCAGUCGCACCGCAGCUUCGCCGCCCUCAAGCAGGCCUUCCCGACGUGGGAGAUGGUCCGCACGUCCCCGCCGGCGGCCAUCGAGGCGGUGAUCAAGAGCUGCGGCCUCGCCGAGACAAAGACUGCGCGGGUGCAGGCCAUCCUCCAGCUCCUGCAUGACGAGCGAGGGGAGUGCUCGCUCGAGCACCUGCGCGAGGCGUCCGACGAGGCGGUGAAGCGCGUGCUCGGCUCGUACAAGGGCGUCGGCGCGAAGACCAUCUCCUGCGUCCUCAUGUUUUGCCUCAAGCGGUUCGACUUCCCCGUCGACACCCACGUGUGGAAGAUCGCGCUCGCGCUGAACUGGGUGCCAAAGGCCGCGACGCGCGAUCAGACGUACGAGCACCUCAACGCGAAGGUGCCGGACGAGAUCAAGUACGCGCUGCACGUGCUCCUGGUGAAGCACGGAAAGGUUUACAAGAACGACGUCAAGACGCUCCGCGAGACGCUGCGCCACUGCGAGGCGGGCGGGGAGGAGCUGCCCGGCGAGGACGCGCCGCCCAGCGAGCCGACCGCAGUCAAGCAGGAGGUCAAGCCGGAGGCGGUCGACUGA